AUGUCAUUCACGAUUUCACUAAUUAUCGGUGAACUUCAUUUGCCGCUCGAGAUUUGCUCUGCUGAUACCAUUUCUCAGGUGAAACAAAAGAUACAAAACAAAAAUAGCAUUAAGAUUGAAAACCAAGAAUUAUUUCUCAGCGGUAAAAAGCUCGAAGAUAAUAAAACAGUAAAAAGUUAUAAUAUUGGCUUAGAUGAAAAAAUCAGACUCGUUCAAAAGACUGAAGGUCUCAUACAAGUAUUCAUUAAGGGUGUUGAGGGCAAAUCAACAGCUAUUUUCAUCAAACCAACUAGUACCGUACUUGAAUUGAAACGAAGCUAUAACGAGAAGGAGAAGAUUCCAGUAAAAGAGCAGAGGCUUAUACAUAGCAGUAAACAGUUAGAAGAUAAUAAAAAACUGUUAAACUACGGAAUUAAACACGAUUCAACUAUUCAUCUUCUUAUGAGAUUGCAUGGAGGUCUUUGA